AUGGCGCCGCCUCCGACGAAAUCAAACAAGCCGGCAACGACAGACCAACAAGAAUCCUCCGAUGAGAAAGAAUCGAAUAAUUUAUGGGUAGGGAAUAUAUCAAUAGACGUAACAGAAGCAGAUCUAAUGGAAUUGUUUGCGCAAUACGGUGCGCUUGAUAGUGUAACGACGUAUUCAGCAAGAACUUAUGGGUUUGUUUACUUUAAACGCGUUGAAGACGCUAAACUUGCCAAAGAAGCCUUACAAGGGACCUCUCUUCGUGGAAAUCAGAUUAAAAUCGAGUUUGCUAGACCGGCCAAACCUAGUAAGCAUCUAUGGGUUGGUGGAAUAAGCUCAUCGGUUUCCGAGGAACGGCUGGAAGAAGAGUUUCUUAAGUUUGGUAAAAUUGAGGAUAUAAAGUUUCUUAGAGAUAGAAAUACUGCGUAUGUUGAGUAUUUCAAAUUGGAAGAUGCUUCUCAAGCCAUGAAAAACAUGAACGGAAAGAAAAUUGGUGGUGAUCAGUUACGUGUGGAUUUCCUUCGAUCACAUUCCACGAGAAGAGAACCAUUGCCCGACUUUCAUGAUUCAAGAGAGGAUCAGUUUUCAGCAACGCAUUAUGGAGUAAGACGGCCUCAGCUACCUCAGUCUUCAGUUGGGAGGAAAGACGGUCAACCCAGUAAUGUCUUGUGGGUAGGCUAUCCUCCUUCUGUGCGGAUUGAUGAACAAAUGCUACAUAAUGCAAUGAUUCUUUUUGGUGAGAUUGAGAGAAUUAAAAGCUUUCCUUCAAGGCACUAUUCAUUUGUGGAAUUUAGGAGUGUUGAUGAAGCCCGGCGUGCUAAAGAUGGCCUGCAAGGGCGCCUUUUCAAUGAUCCUCGUAUCACAAUUAUGUUUUCAAGUAGUGGGCUGGCACCUGGGAAAGAGUACUCUAGUUUUUAUCCUGGAGUUAAAGGUCCAAGGCCAGAGAUGUUUAACGAACAUCACUUUCCAACCAUGGACAUCAUGUUCGAUCAACCUGGGGGGCCAGGAAACUUUGCUGGUCCAUUUCCACCCAGCAGCAUUCAUAGACCAAACCUGCCAGUACGGUCUUUUGGUCCUCAAGGUGUUUUUGACCCUAUACUUCAAGGUGGAGAAUUUAAUGAUUUGGGUCCAUCACAUAGCGCUCGAGAUCCUGCAUCUGGAAUCCUUCCUUCUCCUGCUUCAGGUAUUAGGCCAUCCUUGAGGUCAGUUUCUACUGGAUGGGAUGUUCUUGAUCCCAACCAAUUUCCUAGGGAGCCCAAGCGGUCAAGGAUUGACGGUGCACCGUCUGUCGAUGAUGACUCUUUUCCUGCUAGAAAGAUGGAUGACCGUGACCUGGCUUUGGACAAACCAUAUGGGCUAGGUCCUAGAGGUGCAUAUCCAAGUCUCCAGGGGAAUAAUAGUCUUAGUCCAGUUGGUGGUAGGUUUAAGGGUCAUUUUGAUAAUGAUUUCAUAUGGCGCGGAACUGUGGCCAAGGGUGGAACACCUGUAUGCCAUGCCCGUUGUGUCCCUGUAGGGAAAGGGAUAGAAUCAGAGAUACCUCCUGUCAUUAAUUGCUCCGCAAGAACAGGGCUGGAUAUGCUGGCAAAACACUAUGCUGAGGCAAUUGGGUUUGACAUUGUCUUCUUCUUGCCAGAUAGUGAAGACGAUUUUGCUUCCUAUACAGAAUUUUUGCGUUAUUUGGGUUCAAAGAAUCGGGCUGGUGUAGCAAAGUUCGAUGAUGGGACCACUCUAUUUCUGGUGCCUCCAUCAGAUUUCUUAAAGAAUGUGUUGAAAGUUGCAGGACCUGAACGCUUGUAUGGUGUAGUUCUCAAGUUGCCGCAGCAGAUCCCUAGCAAUAAUACAUUAAUGCAGCAACAAUUGCCUCAGCCCAUCCAUUUUUCUCAGUAUCCAGAGAAUCAGAUCUCCCAUGCAGAAGUUGAUUAUAAUCUGCUCCGUCAGCAGGAGGAGCGAGUGAUGCCAAUCCAUCAGAACAGGGUUUUGCAUGAGAAUUCGAAGCUUCCUUCAAAAUCAUUUUAUCCUUCGACAACAGAAUCCCUUGCAGUUCCACCAUUUCCCCAAGAAUAUGCAUCAAAUCACGGUGCAGCACCAUCCGCUGCUGGAGUUUUGACACCAGAGCUUAUCGCUACUCUUGCAACUUUACUGCCUGCCAAUAAGCAGUCUUCUAGUUCAGAAAGUACCCAACACACAUUGGGCUCUUCUAUCGGCAGGCCACCAUUUUCUUCAGUUGCCCCUGACAAAGGAACUUCCUCUCAGGGAUGGAAACAUGAUAAUCAAGUUUCUGGAAAUGCAAAUCAUUUACAAUUUGGGAACCAGUUCAAUUCUCAGGUUCAUGUUCAGUCUCAGUACCAGCCUUACCCAUCUGUCCCCAGCACAUAUAACCAUUCAGCAAAUGUGGUCCCUAGCAACAGUCAAAUCCAAGAUUCUACUGUCAGCCUAUUGCAUCAGAGUGCAACUCCAUCCAGGUCGUUGUCUAGCUUUUCUAUGCCUUCUCAAAGUGAACAGUUUGCUUUGUCUCCACAGAAACCUAAUGGCACUGAUACCUUGUUUUGUCAGGUUCAGGGCACAAAUUACUCCCAGACCCAAUCUGGGAUCCCACCGUCUUCAGACAGAGGGAAUUGGGAGCUUCCCAGUCAAGUGCAGCAAUUCCAACCUGCUCCCACUGGAUCUGGGCAGGGUACCACAGAAAUUGAGGCUGAUAAGAAUCAGCGCUAUCAAUCCACGCUGCAGAUCUGCUCUGAUAUAGAAAACAACGAUGUGCAGAUAAGUAAAUUCAUGGAGAAGGGGUUUGAUAUGGAAGAUACUCUUCUGAAGAUGAUUGCUGGCAUCAUAUACUGCAGUUUGGAGCUUGGAGAGCUCAUUAUGCUUUGGCAGUGUUUCUUCAAGGCUGUUAUUUCCAAGGAACAGUGA